CGCUAAUUGGCUUAGAGUGACGACUCAUCGAAUGAGUGCAGCCAUUGUCAGUUGAAGAAAAGAUCAAUUUGCACAUCAUGUGCCAGUAUCAAUACCAUUAUUAUGGUCAUUGCCAACAUCAAGAGUUUAUUCUCGUCAAGCUUUGUCACCGCGCGAGCCCUCUAGCCCAACCGCACUCCACCAACAAGCAAGAAAUCAUCAGAACAGAAGGCGCGACAGUCCAAGCGCUUCCCGACGAAGCACCCAGCGCAGCCGAAGGUGUCAACCUUGUCAAAACAAUUGCCUUGGAGCAAGACACUCAUCAACUUAUCCAUCCAUUGUCCCAUAUCACACAAAUUAUAUUAAGCAUCAUGAUUUUCAAUGCACACGGAAGAAGCGAGGAUAAACAGCAGUUUGCUCAGGAAGCAGAGCGCCGCUACAGCGACAUCAUCAGCGGCGGAAAACCACCCGAGUACUACAAGGCUAUUGAAGAACAGUUGCAGCAAGUGCUAGACAGAGUCCGCCAACUCGGACAUCCCGCCUCUUCUGCAGCAGCUAGGUUGCAGCAGAUACAUGAGCAAAACAGCCAGCUGCCAUCAAGUCGAUCGACCUCAGCCACCACCUCGGUCACUGAAGCAGUACCUUUCGGAAGCUUCCCUGCCUUGUCUCGAGCCACUGCCCCGCGUAACGAAACUCUUCCCCAGUCGUAUGCAGGGGCUGUUAAGAACUCUCUUCCCGAUCAGCCAUCCAAAUCCCCUGUGGCUCAGGAGACGCCAUCCCGUAACUCCUCCGAGCCAGGAGCCGUGACUCGUCCCUCCUCCUCCCAAGAGGAAGACCACGAUUGGUGCGUUGUCGACCGUUCCGGACGUAGUUACCGCCUUCAGAAGCAGCAGACGACUAUCUCCGAUCGACACACACGCAAGUCGCUCCCCCAAGCGUGGAUGAAGAUGAACGAUGAGGUCCGGUCGCCUCAACCUACGCCUGAAGAUGGUCCAGUGGCAGCUCACCAGGAUUCUGACAAGCCCAUGCAGCGUACCGCUCGCGUCAGAGGCCCGCACGCUCAGCUAUCCGUUUCUAAAGACAGCUCACUCAAGUCCAAGCCGAGCAAGCCUACACUCUCCAAGACCACAGCGUCAAAGACGCCAGGCUAUGCCUCGCCUACAAAGGCCUCCAAACAUCGCACUGCUGGGUCGAACGACUCCGUCAGAGCUCCUUCUCCUUGCAAGCCCAAGUCCGUACGUGCCGAUACGCCAUCCGGUGUAGCCGCGCUUUCAUCACAACAGCAUCCUUUCGGUACAUCCCAGCGCAAACUCCCUCCAGUACAUGCUAGCCGUCCUACUGCCUCAACCCUAUUUGGUUUGGACGGAGCAUGCGAGUUUGAUCAGACCAGCGUCAUGCAGGCCUUCUCCGGCAGUUCUGCGCGUCCACAGAAGAAGACAAAGCUUGACCUCAGAAUCAACAUUCCAGACCCCUCCAGCAGCUUGCCUCGCCCUGGUAGUCCUUCUAGAAUCUUGAUCGCCGCUACAUCUACUAAACAUCAUCUCAACUCGCCUGACCGUGUGGCUGAUCAGAUUCCUCAAGUUGUCAAGAUUGACAAGGCUGCUUGCAAAUCAAUCGACAGAGCAGCCAUCCUUGAACCUAUUAGAAGACGGUUGUCUAGUGUGUCAAGUCAAUCACAAUCGACUGUAUCCAUGGCCUCCCGAAGAGACUCUGUUUUCAAGCAGCCGAAAGGGAUGAUUCCCACUCAAGGCGGUGCCCAGGCAGAGUCUGUUGGAUACUACGACUUCGAGGCGACCAUUGCUGAACCUAGCACCAAACCAGAGACUUUGCAGCAACCGAGCACGUAUGGUCCUUCGACGGCCGCCACAGAUACCAGCUCCGCACUGUUACUUCACGCCAUCAAGCAGACUGCCGUGGCUCAUACCAUUCGACAAGCCGAGAAUCGUGGAAGCCGCAACCACGUUAAAGAAUCUCUUGAUCCAUCUUCCACUACUGAGGAUGCGCAACAAGUACGCAAGAUGCACGAAUUUCAGGCAGCCUGCCAUUCUCGUCACAUCUCUUGUGCUUCCUCACCUGAGAGAGAUCCUGCGGUACUGAGAUGCGGUCCCGUGAAGACCCACAUCUCCAAGCCAUCAACACAGCCUGAGGCUAAAAUUGGCGAAUUCACCUUCCGCGCCACUGCUGCUCAAUUCGUCCCCACACCGACCUCGGAGGAGUUCAUACCUUCGAACGAUGAGACUCCUCGUCCUUCAGGGAUCGCACCACCUGUACUUUACCAUAUGGGUAUCGCAGAAACCGAGUUUGAACAUUUAGCUGCGCCGGUACUUUUACCUAUCGAUCCCUCCAUGUUUCAUGUUUCACUUGAUCAGAAUAUUCCGCAGCACUUUCCAGUUGAAUAUCCUUCUGCGUUCAACCAGUGCCCGGACUGGCUACCUGAUGAAGAGUGGAUUGGGCUCCCUUAUGAGACCAAGUCAGCCAUCAUGAAACAACGAAGAGAGCGCGGAUCCAGCUCAGAUUUUUCCACUGGAUUAUCCUCGGCUGUGUUCUCUAACUUCGCCACCAGCCCGUCACUUUCCUCGCCAGGACCCGUUCUUGAGUCAGGCAUGGGGCUUUUCAAACCACACUGGGAUUGGACAGGUACAAGGUUCGGCAGGGCAGCGCUUCCAGCCAUGGCCAAGGUCGAAGAGGAGGAACACCAACGCAAGGGCUGGGACGUCAAGUCUGCUGCUCCCGGAUGGCGCUACGGAUGGAGUGGUGGCGACGGUCUGGAGAUCUCGUUCCAGGGCGACGGACCUGUGGCCGAAAGAAACCCCUACGCACCGGUCAAUUUCAAUGAGUUCGAGAGUGAGAUUCACGGAAAAGAUGCUUUCAAGACCAAUGGGAAGGGCCAGAAGUAUGGCGAGCGCCACUUACCCUACAGGCCUGAAGACUCACCACACAGUCGUGUCCGAGAAUGGGCAAGAAACGCCAACUACCCUUCUGUUCCAUGCGGCAACUUCCAAGUCGUCCAAGCAACCGAACACCUACCUUCUAGGCAAGCCUUCUCUGACGCUUGGUGUCAUAACUGCUUCCCUGCACAUAUGUGAGAUGGUGGUUAGAAAGGCGUGGUUGCUGAGAAUGGUGAAAGAUGUGUGUUCAUUGCUUCUUUGGACUAUCACCAUCGGCUAGGGUGGGACGAGGGUUAUCAAGGUGUUUCCUAGUGCACAUUGUAUUGCUGCAGUCUCGAAGACGCAUGAGUUGGGUUUUAAUUCAUUCAUCGUCGUUUUAGACAUUGUUCUUCGAGGUGGCUUAUCAAAAGUAUUACAUUACAUUCAUGUUAGUCAUUUGCGUACUUCCAAGGUGAAAACAGAAUAGGUAGAGCUAACACAUCUGCCCAUACCAUCAUAGAUUCGUUGCGAGGUUAAGGUGGGUUGUUAUGCAGAUUAGUGACAGUUGUGAAGUUUCGCGGAUGCAAGUUGCCGAGAAUUGUGGGGAGCAGGCUGCAGGCCGCGGAGUCUCGACCCUCAAACUUGAACGAGGAACAAUCCAUGCAGGAUGAUGGACUUCUUUGUGUA